GCCACUCUCACUCAGGGCAAGCAGCCCCAACAAAUCAGUGCUCAGUGAAACUCUGAAGGAUCCUAAUUAAAUCUGUAAUGAGAAAGUUUGCAAAAACACAAUAGAAUGCUCUGUGUGUGUCUGGAGUCUUCAUAGCCAUGCCAUGGGAAUCCUUUCUGUGCUUGCUCUGCCAUUGCUGCUCCUGGGGAUCAGUGGAAUUAUUUACAUUUACCAGUCGGUCCGGUGGCUGCUGUCCAAGUCAGCAGUGCAGAACAAGGUGGUGGUGAUCACAGAUGCCAUCUCUGGCCUGGGCAAGGAAUGUUCUCGUGUGUUUCAUGCAGGAGGAGCAAGGCUUGUGUUGUGUGGCAGGACAUGGGAGAAGUUGGAAGCUUUGUAUGAUGCCUUAAUUAGUGUGACAGACCCCAGCACGACAUAUGCCCCAAAGCUGAUUCUUCUGGAUAUCACAGACAUAAGCUGCAUCAGAGAUGUAGCCAAGGAAAUCCUGAACUGCUAUGGCUGUGUGGAUAUUCUGAUCAACAAUGCAAGCAUGAAGGUGAAAGGAGCAGUGCAGAGCAUUUCACUGGAGCUUGAUAAAAAGAUCAUGGAUGCCAACUAUUUUGGACCUAUAACAUUAACCAAAGCCAUCCUUCCUAAUAUGAUCUCAAGAAGAACUGGCCAAAUUGUUCUAAUUAAUAGCAUCCAAGGGAAAAUAGGAAUUCCAUUUCGUGCAGCUUAUGCUGCUUCCAAGCAUGCUGCUGUAGGAUUUUUUGAUUGUCUUCGAGCUGAAAUGGAGGAAUUUGAUAUUUCUGUCAGCACUGUGAAUCCAACCUUCAUCUGCUCCUACCAUCGCCAGCCAGCACCAGGCAACUGGGAGGCAUCAAUCUGGAAAUUCUUUUUCAGGAAGGUGUCCUAUGGAGUGCACCCCGUGGAGGUGGCAGAGGAGGUCCUUGCCACGGUGAGCAGGAAGAAGCAGGAGGUGCUGAUGGCCAAUCCCAUCCCCAGAGCAGCAGUUUACAUCAGAACAUUCUUCCCCGAGCUGUUUUUUGCCAUUGUUGCCUCAGGGAUUAGGGAAAGGCUGAAGACAGAAGAGGAAAGUUGAUUUUGUUCAGUUAUUUCUUUGCUUUUGACCUGAAAAAAAAAAAAGGUUUUUGUUUUGAAUGUCA